AUGUAAAAUCCACUCUUUUACAAAAGUAAAUGGUUGAUUGUUAUAAAAUAUAGAUAGAUUAUAGAGAGGAGAUAAUUUGAGUGUGAAAUUUAUUGUGAGCUUGUCUUAAAAUUUGGAAUAUCAGAAGCAUGUGUUGAAAUUUUGGGAUUAGAUUGGAAAGAAUCCAUAAGGGAAAGUAUUAACAACUGA